AUGCCCCCUAUGAAAUCUUCUGACAAGAUAUUUCCAAUCACAACCUUCAUCUCGGACCUGCCGGCUGACCUUAUUCCGCCGUCCCCCUCAUCAUUUCCCGAAAAUGGCCCUGUCAGUGGACGCGUAGUCAUUGUAGGCGAUGUACACGGGAUGAGAAAGUCCCUUGAGGCACUCCUUGACAAAGUCGGCUUUGACAAAAGCAAAGGAGAUCAUCUUAUACUGGUCGGCGACCUAGUCAAUAAAGGACCCGAUAGUUCUGGUGUUGUUGAUCUAGCUAUUAAGCUAGGCGCUAGCGCUGUGAGAGGCAACCACGAAAAUGCAGUUCUUAAUGCGGCGGCGGAGAUAAACGCCACAAGGGAUACUCUGCUGCAUUCUAGAAACUUGACUAGCAGUCCGGCCGUACCCGAGCACCCCGCAGCCGAUCUACCCGGAGAUAAUGUCCAAGAUUUCGAGACUCCCGGCAAAUCAGCAUCUACUACAACUACUACCGGCGCUACGACAUCGCAUAGUACGGCAUCGGUACUUUCGAAGCGCCAACUCGACUGGCUUGCCGCUUUACCUUUGAUAUUGCGCGUCAAGCUACCUCAUGUCCCAACAUCCUCCUUCGGCGACAAUCUAAUCGUCGUACAUGCGGGCCUUGUUCCUGGUGUCUCACUUGAAGACCAGGAUCCACAUGCUGUAAUGCAUAUACGGAGUGUCGUUCGUACAUCAGGCGAUGAGGAUGGAUUCAUGCCGGCUGAGACUUCCGGAGAAGAAAGCUGGGUUAUGGAAUGGGACCGGUGGCAAGAUAGCCUAGCAUCCAAGACUACGGUGAUAUUCGGACACGAUGCAAGGCGUCGCUUGCAGCUAGGUAAAUAUGCGAUUGGGCUAGAUUCAGCUUGUCUAUACGGCCAUCAAUUAAGCGCCGACACGGGAAUUGAGCAUCAGGUCAUUCAAGUAGAAUGUGCUGAUGCGUCUAUAGUCCCAACCGUAUCUGUAAAUCAAGGGGAUAAGCAAUAG